CAGAUGUGUCAAGUUCCUCCAUUCCCUAUCUCUUCCAGGCUCGUCUGUUUCACGUGUGCCUGUGCAGGGGAAGGCUGCAUGGAUUUGUUUGUGCAGGGAAAGAAAUAAAUGGAUUUGGGGGAGAAAUUAAGAUAUAAAUUUGCAGUAAACUAACGUGGUUGUUGGAACCAUAAAGUUUAAAAUGCAAAAUACAUGUUUAUUGGAAGGAGAUGUAAAUGUUGGAGAUUCACAGUCACUGGAACACUAAUUCAGGAUAACUUCAUAUGAAGGAGAUCCCUACGUGAGAAGUUUUUUUAUGUAGACCGACGAGAGAGAGAGACAAUGGCAAAUUCAGCCAGAGAACAUCUGCUUUUUGUGCGACGACGUAAUCCUCAGCUACGGUAUACUCUGAGCCCAGAGAAUCUGCAGAGUCUGACAUCUCAGGGCACCAUACCUGAGAACAUGAACUUGCAGCGUGCCAACAGUGACACUGAUCUAGUGACCUCUGACAGCCGCUCUAGUUUGACAGCGAGUAUGUAUGAAUACACCCUGGGGCAAUCUCAGAACCUCAUUAUUUUCUGGGAUAUUAAAGAAGAAGUUGACCCAACAGACUGGAUAGGACUUUAUCAUAUAGAUGAAAAUUCUCCUGCCAAUUUCUGGGAUUCCAAGAACCGGGGAGUGACGGGCACGCAAAAAGGACAAAUCGUAUGGCGAAUUGAACCUGGCCCCUAUUUUAUGGAACCUGAAAUAAAGAUCUGUUUUAAAUACUACCAUGGUAUUAGUGGAGCCCUGAGAGCUACUACCCCAUGUAUCACUGUGAAAAACCCUGCUGUGAUGAUGGGGGCAGAAGGCAUGGAUGAAGGUGCUUCUGCAGCUCAACAAUCUCGGAAACUAGUCAGCUUUGCAUUAUCAGAUAUUAGAGCAGUUGGGCUAAAAAAAGGGAUGUUCUUCAAUCCUGAUCCUUACCUAAAGAUGUCCAUUCAGCCAGGAAAGAAAAGCACGUUUCCUACAUUUGCCCAUCAUGGUCAGGAAAAAAGAUCUACUAUCAUCAGUAACACAACUAAUCCUGUUUGGCACAGAGAGAAAUAUUCUUUUGUUGCACUUCUAACAGACGUCUUGGAAAUUGAAAUUAAAGACAAAUUUGCCAAGAGUCGUCCUAUCAUCAAGCGCUUUCUUGGGAAGUUAACAAUACCAGUCCAGAGACUAUUGGAGAGGCAUGCAAUAGGAGACCAGAUUCUUAGCUAUAACCUUGGCAGAAGGCUCCCAGCUGACCAUGUAAGUGGGUAUCUCCAAUUCAGAGUCGAGAUUACAUCUUCCAUUCAUGAAGAUGCUUCACCAGAAACAGUUGGUACUUUGCUAGGAGUGAACUCUGUGAAUGAAGACUUAGGAAGCCCUUCUGAUGAUGAGGACAUGCCAGCAGGGAACCAUGACACACUUCCAAUGUGUUUAAAUGGUCCAAUCCUUGAGGAAUCUGUUGGAAAUGCAGUCCUUACACAUUCUUUAAGGACUAGUACAACUCUGGAAAUGGACCAGGAAGAGUUAACGUCUACUGCUGCAAGGUCGUCACCUAACAGAGGUCGCCAGGACUCAUUGAAUGACUAUUUGGAUGCAAUAGAACAUAAUAGUCAUCCCAGACCUGGGACAUCUGCCUGCAGUGAGCGUUCACUUGGGGCAUCCCCAAAACUAAGGAGUAGUUUUCCUACUGACACGAGACUUAAUGCUAUGCUUCACAUUGACUCAGAUGAAGAGGAGCAUGAGUUGCAUAAAGAUCUGGAUUUUCAGUCUUCCUUGGAAGAAGAUGGCGGUUUAGUAAUGUUUAAUGGUGCUACAAGGAGUGUUGAAGGAAAUUUUUUAAGUUACUCAUCAUCAAAUCAGAUAAUGCAAGGUCCUGCAGAGGAUGGGAAAGCACCAGCCUUCGAAACUCCUUUGCAGCCCUCUGAUAACCAGCAGGAGACUCUCCAAGGGCUUCCACCAUCAGAGUUUGCAGGAGAAGAAGGUGAAGGCCAGCCAGAUUCUCAGAAUAAUCUGUCGGUAGAAUGGGCUGGCAGCGAAUUGUGUGCCUGUCAGGUGGCAGAGCAGCCUACUAGCAGUGCAGACAUGGGAGCUUCAGACUCUGCCAUUGGUAGUAGAAGAGGUAUUAGUGAAACGGAAUCCCUUGACCAAGGAUCUGAACCUUCCCAGGUAUCCUCAGAAACUGAGCACAGUGAUCCUGCUCGCACCGAAAGUGUCAGUGAGGCCAGCACCAGGCCAGAAGGAGAGAGUGAUGUGGAAGGGGCAGACAGUUCUUGCAAUGAAAGUGUGACUACACGUCUCUCCUCAGUCGAAACUCGGUGUUCUUCUUUUGAAAGUGCCAGAUUUUCUGAGACUCCUGCCUUUUCUUCUCAGGAAGAGGAAGAGGGAGCUUGUGCCACCCAUGGGACCAGAAGUGAGCCUGCUGCAGAAACACAGGACUCUGUGUGCACUCCUGGCUCUUUACCUGCGGUGCGGUUACCCAGCAGUCAAGAGGAGGCUCGGCAGCUAGCUGAAGGAGGUGAAUUACAGGAUAGAGAUGAAUCAGAAGAAAUUUGGCAGAGGAGGAGGAGUCUGCAGGCUGCCGCCGCAAGUAGCCAGUGUCAGGAUGAAGAAACUGGAGGUACCCAAGCUGCUGGCGAGGAGGGAGCUACACAAGUUGAAGGAGCUAGUGGAGGUUCCCAAGCCAAUGGCCAUCAGAAUUUGAGGUCACUACCGUCAGUACGUCAGGAUGCUAGCCGAUAUCAGAGAGUGGAUGAGGCUCUGCCACCAAACUGGGAGGCCCGAAUCGACAGCCAUGGGAGGAUAUUCUAUGUGGAUCAUGUAAACAGAACAACAACAUGGCAGCGACCCACAGCUCCUCCAGCCCCACAGAUCCUCCAGAGGUCAAAUUCUAUACAGCAAAUGGAGCAGCUGAAUCGCCGAUAUCAGAGUAUUCGUCGAACGAUGACUAAUGAGAGGCCUGAAGAGCACCCACAUGCCAUUGAUGGAGCUGGAGAGGAUACUGACUUCCAUCAUUCUAAUGCAGAUUUUCGAAGGGAGAAUGUGCUGCCUCAGUCUACCUCCAGAUCCAGGCUUACUUUAUUGCUACAGUCUCCUCCGGUGAAAUUCCUUAUCAGUCCAGAGUUCUUUACAGUGCUGCAUUCUAACCCUAGUGCCUACCGCAUGUUUACAAACAACACGUGUUUGAAGCACAUGAUCACCAAAGUCCGGCGGGACACCCAUCAUUUUGAGCGUUACCAGCAUAAUCGAGAUUUGGUGGGCUUCCUCAAUAUGUUUGCUAACAAACAGCUGGAGCUGCCGAGAGGUUGGGAAAUGAAGCAUGACCAUCAGGGCAAGGCUUUUUUUGUUGACCACAAUUCCCGCACCACCACGUUCAUUGACCCACGGCUUCCCUUGCAGAGUAGCAGGCCCACUAGUGCAUUAGUGCAUCGACAGCACUUAACCAGACAGCGCAGCCACAGUGCUGGUGAGGUAGGAGAGGAUGCCCGUCAUUCAGGACCACCAGUUCUACCAAGACCGUCCAGCACGUUUAAUACAGUCAGCAGGGCUCAGUACCAGGACAUGGUUCCAGUGGCCUACAACGACAAGAUUGUCGCAUUUCUGCGACAGCCCAAUAUCUUUGAAAUUCUACAAGAGCGUCAACCAGAUCUUACCAGGAAUCCUUCACUCAGGGAGAAGAUCCAGUUUAUCCGGACAGAGGGAACACCUGGACUAGUGCGUCUAUCCAGUGAUGCAGACCUUGUCAUGUUACUAAGUUUGUUCGAAGAAGAAAUAAUGUCAUACGUGCCGCCACAUGCCUUACUUCAUCCCAGUUAUUGCCAGUCCCCAAGAGGUUCUCCAGUAUCCUCACCUCAGAACUCUCCAGGUACUCAGCGUGCUAAUGCCAGAGCUCCAGCUCCUUAUAAAAGAGAUUUUGAAGCCAAACUGAGGAACUUCUACAGGAAGCUGGAGACUAAAGGAUAUGGACAAGGGCCAGGGAAAUUAAAAUUAAUCAUCAGGAGAGACCACUUGCUGGAAGAUGCCUUCAAUCAGAUUAUGGGUUACUCAAGAAAAGACCUGCAGAGAAAUAAACUCUAUGUCACGUUUGUUGGAGAAGAAGGGUUGGAUUACAGUGGGCCUUCAAGAGAGUUUUUUUUCCUGGUGUCCAGAGAGCUCUUCAAUCCAUAUUAUGGUUUAUUUGAAUAUUCAGCCAAUGAUACCUACACAGUACAAAUAAGUCCCAUGUCUGCUUUUGUAGACAAUCACCAUGAGUGGUUCAGGUUCAGUGGUCGAAUCCUUGGUCUUGCUCUGAUACAUCAGUAUUUGUUAGAUGCUUUCUUUACACGGCCCUUUUAUAAAGCCCUCCUCAGAAUACUCUGUGACCUGAGUGACUUGGAAUACCUUGAUGAGGAGUUCCACCAGAGUUUGCAGUGGAUGAAAGACAACGAUAUACAUGAUAUCCUAGAUCUCACAUUCACUGUAAAUGAAGAAGUUUUUGGGCAGAUCACUGAACGGGAAUUGAAACCAGGGGGUGCCAACAUCCCAGUCACAGAGAAGAACAAAAAAGAAUACAUAGAGAGAAUGGUGAAAUGGAGAAUUGAGAGAGGGGUUGUGCAGCAAACAGAAAGUCUAGUUCGAGGUUUCUACGAGGUUGUUGACGCUAGGCUGGUGUCUGUAUUUGAUGCAAGAGAAUUGGAACUGGUUAUUGCUGGCACGGCAGAAAUUGACUUAAGUGACUGGAGAAACAACACAGAGUAUAGAGGAGGUUACCACGACAAUCACAUUGUAAUUCGGUGGUUCUGGGCUGCUGUAGAAAGAUUCAACAAUGAACAACGGCUAAGGCUAUUACAGUUUGUUACAGGCACAUCCAGCAUACCUUAUGAGGGGUUUGCAUCUCUAAGAGGGAGCAAUGGGCCAAGAAGAUUCUGUGUAGAAAAAUGGGGGAAAAUCACUGCUCUUCCCAGGGCUCAUACAUGUUUCAAUCGUCUUGACCUUCCCCCUUACCCAUCAUUCUCCAUGCUCUGUGAGAAACUGUUGACAGCAGUUGAAGAGACAAGUACCUUUGGACUUGAGUGAUACGCAAACCACAGUGCCCAGCUCUUUGGACGUUUGUGGAUCUGUCCUCUCAAGAAUGAAUGAACAUUUGUAUUGGAUUCUUAGAGGAAAAUUGUUUUACAAUGCAAUUCAAAUAAUGAGAUUUCCAUCAAUGAGUAAAUCUUGCUUCGGAAGCAGUUACAAGCAUUGUGAUAGUGGCGGAGUACUCUACGGUAAUACUGGAGUGC